AUGAGCGGCGACUUCACGGCUUUCUUCUAUGGCACCUUGAUGGCUCCCGAGGUGUUCUUUACUGUCUGCUACGGCGAUCGAGACCCUCCCAAGGCCAUCAAGGACAUGCACACAUUCACUCCUGCUAUCCUAGACGGCUACUGUCGCCACAGAGUUGAGUGUGCAGAUUACCCUGCAGUGGUCCCCGAGAAGGGCCACUCUGUCCUUGGCAUAUAUGCCACUGGACUGACCGACGGCAAUGUUGACAAGCUCGACAUGUUUGAGGGAUCUGAGUACUUCAAAGAGAAGGUCAAAGUCAAGGUUCUCAACAAAGACGGAACUACUCCUAAGAAAGAGGAGACCAAGGAGACCUUUGUCUAUGUUUUCGACAACCCCGAUCACCUCGAGAAGGGCGAAUGGGAUUUUGAAGAGUUUCGAAAGUCAAAGAUGAAGAACUGGACUCGAGCUGGUCUUGGUUUCGGUGAAGACAUCCCCGAAGGAACCGCCAAUGAUGAGUGGAAGUAA